AUGAACAUACGCUGCGCAAAACCGGAGGAUCUCAUGAAUAUGCAGCAUUGCAACUUGCUGUGCCUGCCAGAGAACUAUCAGAUGAAAUAUUAUUUCUACCACGGCCUGACAUGGCCGCAGCUUAGUUAUGUAGCUGAAGACGACAAAGAGAACAUCGUCGGUUACGUGUUAGCCAAGAUGGAAGAACCGGAGCCGGGUGAGGAGAGUACACAUGGACACAUUACUUCACUGGCGGUUAAACGGUCAUAUCGUCGACUCGGGCUGGCGCAGAAACUGAUGAAUCAAGCAUCCCAGGCAAUGGUGGAAUGCUUUAAUGCCCAGUACGUGUCGUUGCACGUCAGAAAGUCCAAUCGGGCUGCUCUGAAUCUGUACACUAAUUCGUUGGGUUUCAGAAUUCUGGAAAUAGAACCCAAAUACUAUGCCGACGGCGAGGACGCCUACUCAAUGCGACGUGAUCUGCUGGAGUUCUCGAAAGUGGUUUCUGCUGCCCGGGAAAUUAACUCCAAUUCAGAGCAUAAUGACGACAUAAUAACCAACCACCGAGGCGGUAACCACGCUGGACACGAUGGCCAUUGUUGCUAAAACUGAUUGUAAUGAGUAACGUACGGAAGAGACACAGAAAGGCUUGGAAUAAAUAUAAUCGUUUUUUUUUUUUUUAAACUAAUCAAUACAAUUUGAACUAUAACUUGGUUGGUUCUGAA